UCCGCCCACCCAGGUGGCUCGAGGCAGGGCCUCCCCGCCGCGAAGCGGGGACCCAGGCGCCACGGCCAGGCGCUGCGGGCUCCCCACGCGUGCGGAGGCAACCGGGCCUGCGACUCGACCUCGCGCAGCGGGAGCUGUAAACGCAGCAGAAAUCCGCCCCGCUCUGCCUCUUGGCAGGCGCCGCCCAGGGCUCUUGGGAUUGGCUGGAGCUCCGGUCUUGAGGACCAAUCAGGUCCAAGCAUCCAAUACUGCAUUUAGGGCAGGAAGGGCGCCGUGUGCAGCUGUCCUUGGAGCCCACUACAGUGGAGACUGUGAGCGCAGGCCAUGUCUGGGGAUGCAACCAGGUCCUUGAGAAAAGGAAGCUGUCCCCCAGGGCCGGUUCCCGAGGGACUCAUCCGCAUCUACAGCAUGAGGUUCUGCCCCUACUCGCACAGGACUCGGUUGGUCCUCAAGGCCAAAGGCAUCAGGCAUGAAGUUAUCAACAUCAACCUGCGAAGCAAGCCCGACUGGUACUAUGCAAAACACCCCUUUGGCCAAAUUCCUGUCCUGGAGAACAGCCAGCACCAGCUGAUCUUCGAGUCAGUCAUCACGUGCGAGUACCUGGAUGACACGUACCCAGGAAGGAAGCUGUUUCCAGGUGACACCUACGAGCGGGCCCGCCAGAAGAUGUUGCUGGAGCUGUUCUGCAAGAUCCCGCAUCUGACCAAGGAGUGUCUGGUGGCUCAGCGAUGCGGGAGGGAGUAUGCUGACCUGAAGGGCGCCCUGCGGCGGGAGUUCUGCAACCUGGAGGAGAUUCUUGGCUGUCAGAACACCACCUUCUUCGGUGGAGACCACAUAACCAUGAUCGAUUACCUCUUCUGGCCCUGGUUUGAGAGGCUGGAUGUCUAUGGGAUCGCCGACUGCAUGGACCACACCCCAAAUCUGCGCCUCUGGACAGCAGCAAUGAAGCGGGACCCCACGGUCUGUGCCCUGCUCAUAGAUAAGCAGAUUUUCCUGGGCUUCUUGAAUCUCUACUUCCAGAAUAGCCCCAACGCCUUUGACUUUGGGCUGGUCUCCUGAGUCUUGGGGUCCUGGCAUGGCCCCCCGGGAUCCCAGCAUGUUACGCAGGUUUCUGCUUUAGG